CAAGGAUUGUCAAGAAUGGAUAAAGCACUCUAUCCUAUUCUAAUUGUCCAAACGAUCCUGUAUUUGGCGGCAUUUAUAAGUGGCUUCGCUGCCUCCAUUUCGAUCGGUUUGACGAACACGUCCUUGGCUGGGUUUUGUGUAUUCUCCGUAAUUCUGGACAAAUCGAAUAAUUAUUAUGUUAAUCCGGAGUUGGCCGCCUCGUGUCAGUACCCAAUGGCCGUGGCCAUCUGUACCUGUAUAACCGCCGGCCUCGCCAUGGCUGUUUUCAAUGUGUUCAAGUUGUGCACUCAAGUGGACCGGUUGCAGAUACUGUUGUUACCAGAGAUUUUAUUGAAUGGCAUUGUUUCCCUAAUGCUUCUGGUGUCCGCAUGUUUGGUUAGCGUUGGAUUUUCCAAUUUUUGCCACUACAUCGAAGUGGGUGAAGACAUUGACAACUUCCGCUGUGAACAGAUGAAAACUUGGGAUGAUAUUUCCUUUGAUGGCCUCACGGUAUCUUUGAAAAACAUCUACCAGUACCUUAGUGUGGCUCAGGGAGUCAGUCAUCCAGCUCAAAAAAUGUAA